AGAUCAAUUACCAUAGUUGAAUUGUUGGUGACGACAUCCGCGGUUCUCCAACCUCCUGUGCCCAAGCCCUAAAUCAUUCGAUUUGAUUUUCUGGAAAUUGUUAGUCAAUUGGGUUUGGGCAUUGUCAUAGUAACGUAGAACAAGAUGGUGAGGGUGGUGAGAAGUUGCGUACAAUCGCUGUUGAAGUUCGUGAAUUCUCUGAUAGGGAUGGUUGGGAUCGCCAUGAUUUUGUAUUCGGUUUGGUUAAUUAGGAAUUGGCAGAGGCACACUGGUGAUUGGCCCUUUCCUGCCUCUGAUCAUCCCGCUCCAUGGUUCAUUUACACUUUCCUUGGCCUUGGAGUCACUUUGUGUGUGAUCACAUGCUCAGGUCAUGUAGCUGCUGAAACUGCAAAUGGUUGUUGCCUUUAUAUUUAUAUGAUGUUCGUCUUCUUGCUUCUUAUGCUGGAGGCUGGAGUUAUUGCAGAUGUUUUCCUAAACCCCAACUGGGAGGAGGACUUUCCAGAAGACCCAAGUGGCAGUUUUCAUAAAUUUAAGCGCUUUGUUCAGUCAAACUUUGAGAUAUGCAAAUGGGUAGGCCUAUCAAUUCUGUCCAUUCAGGGACUAUCUUUUUUAUUGUCAAUGGUGCUCAAAGCUCUUGGACCGCAUAGAUAUUAUGACAGCGACGAUGAAUAUUAUUCUCCUGAUAGGGUUCCUCUCCUGAACAAUGCUGUUGUUCAUUCGCCACGUUGUGUUGUCGGUGACCCUGUCUAUGGAUCCAGAAAAGAUGCAUGGAGUAUCAGGAUUAAUGACAAGAUAAACAGGUGAUUGGCUUAACUCAAGAAUGGUUGGGUCAUGGGUGUGAAAAGGUACAAGCAAUCAAAAAUGAGCAUCAGAGUCUGAAGACCAAAAAGGCAUGUACAUGAUUGUUCCUCGCCAACUUUUAUACGUAAAAGUUAUAACAGUACUCGUGAAUUUGCAAACCUUCCUAUGAUUAUUGAUUCUUAAGAGAGUUUAGUAUACUGGUG